AUGCCUCCAAAAAGAAAAAACUUCAAAGGCCGUAGUCCUAAUGUACUACGGUACAUCGAAAGCUGCGGAAAUGAGGAAGAUAUAGGGAGCCUUCUCUCGUCUAAUCUCGCAGCAGGCGCAAGGCUCGCAGCAGAAAACGAAAGCCAGGCACACGACGAGAAAACGAGUCGGACCUAUGAGCUCCGGCUCAUGUCUUUGGAGCAGUUUGCUCAGCAAAAUGGAGAUGAUGCUGUGUUGUUUGGUCCUGAUAAAAGGCCGUUUUUGGCGGCAACAAUCCAGACAUACAUGCGUAAGUUUGUCAGUUUAAUGCUUCUCUACUUGUAUGAUGUGUGCGAAUUGUUGUGCUAAAAAAACUUGGUAUUUAUCCUGCAUGUAAUGAAGUCGUAGCGAGAUAACACAAGAAAAAUGUUUAAACAUAUUUUCGUUUUUUGGUAAUUCUUGUGCGACUUGAAAGACUACCGUGGCUAAGUAAGCUUAAUGUUCUUUGAAUGUAGCCGAUCGAUUACCGUGCUAGUUAGUAAAUAAUAAACGUAGGCUUUUAGCAUGUGACAGCCAUUUUUUUCGUGCUCGCUUUUGGUCUUUAUUACUCGUUUCCUUGUCGCAAAAACCCAAGAGCCAGGAAAAGGCCAUGUGAUGCAAUUUCAAAGCUGCUACAAGAAGCUUGCGUCUUGAUUAUUUAACAUGUAAAAGAAUGGAGUAACUGAUCUUCUGAUUUCACACCUUUCACCAUGCAGAGCUUGGUAGAUUUCACACCUCUUAAAAAACUAAAAGCUCUGCUUACUGAUGUAGAUAUAUGCUCUGCAUACUGAUAUAGGAAGCCAUCUUCGCGAGUAGGCAACCGCUUGAGAAAUUACAUUUUUUGUAUGAGAAUCUAAUGGCGAAUAAUUUCCGUAAAACGACUGUUUUGAAAACUUUAACUUCUCAAGCAAUUGCCUACUCAUCAAGGCCUAUUGAAUACGAGAGACUAGUGGAUGAGAUGUUCUCAGGGUCUCUUCAUGUGAAGUCAGGCUGGGUUGGUCCGGUUACUGAGGAAUGAGAUCGCUCCUCACCACCAUAAAAUUCUUUGUAAAAAUUUCUUGUCUAAAAGAAGAUUUUAAGAUUUUUCCAGGUACAGAUGUGAAGGUGAGUAUGAUUGUUUCAAAACCUGACAUGUUAAGGGCCUUAUUACAAGUAUGGCAUUUAUGUAGAGCUGCCGGGAUUUUCUGCCAAAAUAGAAUGGAAUGCAUGACUUUUUUGAAAGGGAUUAUGGCAGUCAGUAUGCAAAUUGUGCCGCAAACUUGGAUGAUAUCACACAUGACUGACCGUUCACAUAAAGUUGGAAUAAUCAUUAAAAAUGAGUUUACCUUUUUCUGAUCUCUUGCCAACCAUGGGCAAAAUUAUUUCUGGCUAAAAUUAAUGGAAGUAAAUCAUGCACAGUACAAUGUAAUAUGCCGGCCUGUUGGGCACAUUUCCCCCCUCAUUUUUUUUUUGUUUUCAAAAUGCCUAUUUUAAAAUUUUCACUGCUGAGUGUUAUUGUAUACAGUUUAAAUACAGUCAUGCUCCACUUAAUUUUGUUUUUGUUGACUUCCAUGUGCUUUAUUUAUUUUUCACAUGUCGAGCUGGAAACAUGAUGUUUACAUUUUUAUAGGGUGUGGCUCACUAAUCUAUUAGAAAACAAAACUAUGUAAUUUAAUUUCUUUCAGAAAUGUUAAGUGAGACAAAAGGCAAGAGGCUGGGAACACUCCGCUGUCGUGGCCUUAAGCCUCCAGUUGUGAGAGGCCAUGCUGCAGCUUUCACAUAUUGGUUCAAUGUUUUUGGGCACACAGGCCCUUACAGCCAAUCCGUCAGAGUUUUACCAGAUGGGUCCCAAAAAGUUAUUGCCAAAGGGAAUCCUAUGAAUUCCCCAGGUAAAUAAAUAAUUCUCUGCAGUUACAUUGAUGAUCUACGUGCACUCUAGCUCUACCUGUUUUUUCACCUGUUGGGGUCAAAAUUUGGAAUGGGAUACCUCAAAUUCUUAAAGAAAGACCGAAAAGCUUUUCAAAGAUCACUGAAAGAAAUGCUACUCAAUAUCCUUGAAACUGAAGACUCCUAUAUUGAUGUGGAUACGAUCAUUGUGAAAAUGAAGAAGUAAUUCUCUUGUCCUUUAUUUUCAUUUUAUUUUAUUUUUUAAAUUUCACUUUAAUAUUGUCCUUGCAUUUUAGGAGAAUAGUAUCUAUUUAAUGUAAAAUAUAUAUACUUAUAUAACGUCUAAUUUCUUUGUAUUUGUCUAGUUUGUAGCAAUUAUGUAGCCUGGUCUGCCUCGAAUAGCCUCGCUAACUGCAGGCCAGUCCCAAUGAUGUAUCUUUUGUUAUUUUUCCAAAUUUAAUUAAAUAAAGUUGAAGUUCAAGUUGACCUGUGAUUUAUACCCGGUCAGGGAAAAUUAAUUAAUACAUAAUUGCGGGAUAUGCACAUUUAUUAAACAGUCUUCCUUAUAUUUACAGACACCCAAGCACAUUAGUGCAAAUCUCAACAACUGCUUCAGUUUUGACAUACAUAUACUAAAUAACAUAUCAAAAGUUCCCUUUGAGAUAAAAGUAGCUAUGAUUGGACGUAUUUCGAAAGUAGACAUAUCCGGUGCUUCUCGAUCAACCCCUUCAUGACUGACGCCAUUUUUAAAGGUUACCAUGGCACAGCAAGAAAAUAUUGCCAAAAAGUCAGUCCAAAAUGGCAAAAAACUGAUUGCAAAUUAAAAAAUCCAAUAAACAACUUCAUAUAAGCAACAUAAAGUGUCAUUUAACACAAUAUAUGGAGCCUACGCAGGUGUAUAAGGGUUAACAAAAGUUUUCGCAGUCCAUCUAACCAACUAUCCAUCCAACCUGCUCACUGUUCUUGACUUUUUAGCCGUAAAACAGACCAUAAAGCAGCUUGUGAGGAGGUCAUCGCGGCCAACAAGAAAAGAUGCACGUCAAGGGAGGGUGGCAUACGAGCCUAAAAAGGCCCCUCCAUUUACCCUCCAUCAGUUGUUGAAAAUGCGCGAAUACUGCUUAAAGACAGUAGAG